GCCGGUGUGAAGACUCUGGUGGCUGUUGUAGAAGAAGCUGGAGAGUUUCUCAGAGUUCUGCAGCUGCAGGAAAGUCAUCCGGAUCUCGUGGCUCCGUGUUUCGGGAUCCAUCCUCUGCAGUCCUGUGGGGGGGCCGAUCAGCGCAGCGCCAAGCCUCAGGAUCUGGAUCCGGUCCUGCUGCAGUUCUACGACCACAGAGAACGCCUCGUGGCUGUCGGAGAGAGAGACAAACUGAUUAYGCAGAUCCCGCUGGAGCACAUCUGCCUGGAAACAGACUCUCCUGCCCUGGGGCUCGACAAAUAUGUGAGGAAUGAGCCCAGCAGCAUCAGUCUGUCCUGCAGCUACAUCGCUAAGGUCAAAGGUCUGUCGCCACAAACCGUCCAGACGGUCACGACUCAGAACGCUCACAGACUCUUCCCUAAAAUCAGCACACUUUCCGAUCACUCAUUAACAGGGAUGGAUAUUUAAUUGUYAGCUCAGAUUCC